UACAAUUUUAGGCAAUCCAAAACCCCUUUUUUUCUCUUUCUCUCACUAUAUAUGCAAUCUUCCACCAACUUUCAUUCCUCACCAGUUUCUUAUUUUUCUCCCUUUUGUAAUUGUCCUUGUUGGUGCAAGAAAAUGUUCAUGAUAGUGUUUGAUUCGAAUUAAACUUUUUGAUUUUAGAGAGGGAAAGAGUGAGGAGAGAGAGAUGGAUAACUCUAUUGGUGCAGGGUUCAUGGCUGUUUUUGCUGUAUCCGGAAGCGUGGUUCUUCUUGCCCACCAAGUCCACAAACGACUUCUCUCUGAUUUCAUGAAGAAUAUUGAAUCUGAAUUAGGUGGUUUCCUCUCUCCCCACAAAAGAUCGGCCCCUGGAUCUGAGAAAGUGCAAACCAAGAAGAGUGUUAGAUUUGCAGAGGAUGUUGUGGAACCAUCAUCAAACAACAAAGAGUUCCGCAAGAGGAGAUGCAGUAAUACUUUAAAGCAGGCCAAAGAGGGUUAUGGGAAUUAUAAAAUGGAGGACAACACCAUGCCGCUCAACAGGCAAGCUCUUUACAAGGGGAUCAUUGAAUUUAAGGCCUUCAAGGGCACACAUGUAUAUUAAAGAAUAACUGUUGUUGGUUUUGAGUCAUCCAUGUCUUUCAAUUUGUAAAUACAUGAUUCAUACAACCGAUCUCACUUAGUAUAAUGAAGUUUGGUUGUUGUUGUAUUUCCCUUCCUAAAAGAAAUAAUGAGAGGGUUUGGAAGAAGUUUGCGGCGAGGGCAUGUGUAUAUAUUUUCCUUCUCAAAAUUACUCAUCAUGUAAUCUCUAUAUGAUGAAGAAAUUGUGAAACGAAAAUAUAUAUGUUCCGCUGUACUAAAGAUUUUGUAAUCCAUAGAUUUAGUUCCAUGGAUGUGAAAAGUCUUUUAGGUGGUGUGGGAGUAGGAAGAAGUAACUCCUUUUGUUUGAAUAAAAGGGUAAUUUGGCUGUUCAUAGUUGACCAAAACCUAGGAAAUAUCAAAGAUGCUUCCAUAGAAAGACUGGCAUCUACUGCAGGACUCAGUCUUUGCUUGUAUAUUUACGCUGUAAUGUUUCUGUAUCUUGUACAUAAAAUGAUGGAAAUAAUACAGUCAGUCUGCAGGUUUUUUAUAA